GGGGACAAAAAAAGAUGGAUUUGGGAGACUAGGGGAUGCAAAAGUGGGCUGCAGUGAUGGGCUGGGAAGGCCUUAAAAGGCCCAUGUGAGAGAAAGCGAAAUGACACGAAGAAGCAGCAGAGUCAACAUCACAUGUUUGCGCUUCACUCGACAAUCAACAUAGCAGCUUCAUCUUCAUCUCAUGCACAAAACUACCCACCCAUGUGGGGGCACAUCAUAUCCACAACCGCAGAUACUACUAAACCCCAAAAAUGACGUCGUUUUGCCCCCGACCCUCGAACCCUACCACCACCACCGCCGCGGCCAUGAGCCCCCGUCGUGCAUGCUGACCCGCGCCGCUGCCGCCGCCUCCUCGUGGCUGCGCCACCGCCGGAUCCGGUACUUCUUCCUCCUCCUCUGCUCGCCGCUCCUCCUCAUCGUCCUCUGCGCCGUGCUUCCUUUCCUCUGCGCUGCCGAGCUCUGCCUCCGCCGCCGCGGCCUCUGGCGGAAGAUCCUCCGUCGCGGUGACGCCUCCGAUCGCCUCCGCCGCUGCGAGGAAGGGUGCUGCCAUGAAGAGGAGCAGGAGGAGGAGAAGGGGCUGUUGCAUCGCUACCUCGAAGAUCAGCUUCUUCUCGUUGGAUCCAUGUACGAGUGUGGCGACGAUGACGAAUAAGAAGAUUCUAGAAGGGUUGAAGAAGUUGAAAGGUUGGGUAGCAGCAGUAGUAGAAUCCCUCUAUUGAGAUGAUUAGAAAAAACAUUUUUUUUUCUUUUUUUUUUAAGAUUUUGUGUACAUGGAUGUCUAAUUUUUUUUUAUGCUUGAUUAUUUUUUUUUCAUUUUAUAGAAGAAAAAAAACUAGAUUGAGGUUUCUGGGUACUACUAGUUGGCAGCAUGUUGCAACACUGUUCUUAGGUUUUUUUUUUAUUUAAAUUUUUAACUGUUUACCUAAUUUCCUUCAAUUGAACGACGAAAAGUGUUAGUUAUCAAGGAAUGAAUAACAAUUUCUUUUUAAUGCUUUAA